AUGGGCUCUAAGAGGAAUUUCACCGAGGUAGAAAUAGAAGAGUACCAGGAUCACCCCAGUGUUGUUGUAGGAAGUUUUUUCAAGGGAGUACGGGUACCAAAAGAGACUACUUUCGAACUUUACAAGAAAAAAGGUUCCAAAGAUGCCUUUGUACUGCACGGGGAAAACGAUAGAUUAGAAUAUGAAGGUGACGGAAGCGUUUCUUUAUCCAAUCAGUAUGUUGUUGGGGUGUAUAACCCAAACAAGAAGGCGAUUCGGCUUUACAAGGCUCCACUCAUCGAUUCAAAAGUGAUCUCCAAAAGCUGCAAGAGUCUGUCGGGUCCAAGAAUCAAGAGUGAGUCGAAUAUCAAAAACUCUGCGUUGAGGAAUGCGUUAGGUGAAGCGUUCGGUACCAAAAAGGCAAAGAAGGCCAUUGCUGAUCUAGAAAGAAAUCGUGUCGACUCAGAUAAAUUAGUCGAUUCCGCUAUUGAUAUUGUGGAUUCUGUUAGAUCCGCUGCAAAAGGUCUUCCAACGAGACAAGAGUUGGAGGACAAGAUCACUUUGGAUAGACCAACUCCCGUUGCCAACGUCGAUGCCACCGAUGUUGAACAAAUCUAUCCAAUUGAGAAUAUAAUACCGAAAAGAGAGAUGCAGUUCAUUCGCGUGGGUGCGUUCUUCAAAGAGAAUGACCACGAGAAAAGAUUGGAAAUGUUGCCUUACUCGAAGUCACAAUAUGUUAGCGAGAAGCUGCCAACUUUGACACAGGUUACGCAGUCGACCAAACUACAGCUGCUUUACUAUCUGUCCCUCCUUCUGGGAGUGUACGAGAACAGAAGAGUCAACAACAAGACAAAGCUGCUGGAAAAACUGAAUUUCCCACCGGAAAUGCUUUUGGAUGGGGUGCUUGAGAGAUUCACUGUCAGCAAAGCCAGUCAAGUGGGAAGAUCGAAGGACAGAUCGUUCGUUAUCGAUCCCCAAAACGAAGACAAGCUACUCUGUUACAUUCUAAUCAUCAUAAUGCAUCUAAACAAUUUCAUCGUUCAGGUCUCACCACUAGCCAAGGAGCUGGCUUUGAAACCGUCCAAGAUUGUAAACUUAUUCCGAGUAGUCGGUGCCACUGUUAAAGGAGCCACUGUUGCACAAGCCGAGGCCUUCGGUAUUCCAAAGAGCUCAGCUUCCACAUAUAAGAUCGCCACGCUCAAAGUUCCCUUCAAGUUGCCACAGAUGACGAGAAGAGGCAGAGCUGCUCGAUAA